GCUUGCUGAUGGGGGCGGGCAAGAGUAAGCCCAAGGAGCCGGGCCAGCGCUCACUGAGUCUGGAUGGCACCAUUAGCACGGGCUCGGACAGCGGGCACCACCACCACCACCACCUCAACUCAGUCCAGCAGACCCAGACCCCCAACAGGAGUCCCGCCGUAGGGGGCGCCAGGCACGGCCACCACCCCGGGCAUGCUCCCACCAACACCCCCGAGCUGGCACUGUUUGGCGGGGUGGACCACACGGGCAGUAUCACCUCCCCUCACAGAGGACCACUAGCAGGUAGGUGGAGCAGGAGGUUCCAACGCUGCCUAGGCUCCAUUCGGCAGGGGAAAACGUUGUGGAACAUUCAGAUGGGCUGCUUUCAGCAGGGGAAAACGUUGUGGAACAUUCAGAUGGGCUGCUUUCAGCAGGGGAAAACGUUUUGGAACAUUCAGAUGGGCUGCUUUUUGGGCUGCUUUCAGCAGGGAAAAAUGUUUUGGAACGUUCAGAUGGGAUGCUUUCAGCAGGGGAAAACGUUUUUGGAACGUUCAGAUGGGAUGCUUUUUGGGCUGCUUUCAGCAGGGGAAAACGUUUUGGAACGUUCAGAUGGGAUGCCUUCAGCAGGGGAAAACGUUGUGGAAUGUUCAGAUGGGCUGCCUUUAGCAGGGCAAAGCAUUGUAGAAAGUUCAGAUGGAAAUAUGUUAUGUAAAACAAACUUGAUGUCUCACAUUUCUUUAUUAAAUUACAUCUCAAUAAUAAUUUGGGAUACAUAUUUCAAGUGUAUGCCAAAAAUACAUCCCCCAAAGUACAGUACCUAUUUCUAUUGAUUUUGUUUGAGGAAGAUCUAAAAUGUCAUUUUUCAUACGGGCUAAGGGCUGUCCUUUACGCACGACGCAACGCGGAGUGCCUGGAUUCAGCCCUUAGCCGUGGUAUAUUGGCCAUAUACCACAAACCCCCGAGGUGCCUUAUUGCUAUUAUAAACGGGUUACCAUCGUAAUUAGAACAGUAAAUAGUACUUUUUUGUCAUACCCAUGGUAUAUGGUCUGAUAUACCACGGCUUUCAGCCAAUCAGCAUUCAGAGCUCUAACUACCCAGUUUAUAUACAGUGAGGGCAAAAAAGUAUUUGAUCCCCUGCUGAUUUUGUACGUUUGCCCACUGACAAAGAAAUGAUCAGUCUAUAAUUUUAAUGGUUGGUUUAUUUGAACAGUGAGAGACAGAAUAACAACAAAAAAUCAAGAAAAACGCAUGUAAAAAAUGUUAAAAUUUAUUUGCAUUUUAAUGAGGGAAAUAAGUAUUUGACCCCCUCUCAAUCAGAAAGAUUUUUGGCUCCCAGGUGUCUUUUAUACAGGUAACGAGCUGAGAUUAGGAGCACACUCUUAAAGGGAGAUCUUCUCCAAGUCAUUAAGGUUUCGAGGCUGACGUUUGGCAACUCGAACCUUCAGCUCCCUCCACAGAUUUUCUAUGGGAUUAAGGUCUGGAGACUGGCUAGGCCACUCCAGGACCUUAAUGUGCUUCUUAUUGAGCCACUCCUUUGUUGCCUUGGCCGUGUGUUUUGGGUCAUUGUCAUGCUGGAAUACCCAUCCACGACCCAUUUUCAAUGCCCUGGCUGAGGGAAGGAGGUUCUCACCCAAGAUUUGACGGUACAUGGCCCCGUCCAUCGUCCCUUUGAUGCGGUGAAGUUGUCCUGUCCCCUUAGCAGAAAAACACCCCCAAAGCAUAAUGUUUCCACCUCCAUGUUUGACGGUGGGGAUGGUGUUCUUGGGGUCAUAGGCAGCAUUCCUCCUCCUCCAAACACGGCGAGUUGAGUUGAUGCCAAAGAGCUCGAUUUUGGUCUCAUCUGACCACAACACUUUCAUCCAGUUCUCCUCUGAAUCAUUCAGAUGUUCAUUGGCAAACUUCAGACGGCCCUGUAUAUGUGCUUUCUUGAGCAGGGGGACCUUGCAGGAGCUGCAGGAUUUCAGUCCUUCACGGCGUAGUGUGUUACCAAUUGUUUUCUUGGUGACUAUGGUCCCAGCUGCCCUGAGAUCAUUGACAAGAUCCUCCCGUGUAGUUCUGGGCUGAUUCCUCACCGUUCUCAUGAUCAUUGCAACUCCACGAGGUGAGAUCUUGCAUGGAGCCCCAGGAAGAGGGAGAUUGACAAGUCUUUUGUGUUUCUUCCAUUUGCGAAUAAUCGCACCAACUGUUGUCACCUUCUCACCAAGCUGCUUGGCAAUGGUCUUGUAGCCCAUUCCAGCCUUGUGUAGGUCUACAAUCUUGUCCCUGACAUCCUUGGAGAGCUCUUUGGUCUUGGCCAUGGUGGAGAGUUUGGAAUCUGAUUGAUUGAUUGCUUCUGUGGACAGGUGUCUUUUAUACAGGUAACAAACUGAGAUUAGGAGCACUCCCUUUAAGAGUGUGCUCCUAAUCUCAGCUCGUUACCUGUAUAAAAGACACCUGGUAGCCAGAAACUUUCUGAUUGAGAGGGGGUCAAAUACUUAUUUCCCUCAUUAAAAUGCAAAUCAAUUUAUAACAUUUUUUACAUGCAUUUUUCUGUAUCUCACUGUUCAAAUAAACCUACCAUUAAAAUGAUAGACUGAUAAUUUCUUUGUCAGUCGGCAAACGUACAAAAUCAGCAGGGAAUCAAAUACUUUUUUCCCUCACUGUGUAUAUACAGUGGGGAGAACAAGUAUUUGAUACACUGCCGAUUUUGCAGGUUUUCCUACAUACAAAGCAUGUAGAGGUCUGUAAUUUUUAUCAUAGGUACACUUCAACUGUGAGAGACGGAAUCUAAAACAAAAAUCCAGAAAAUCACAUUGUAUGAUUUUUAAGUAAUUAAUUUGCAUUUUAUUGCGUGACAUAAGUAUAAGUUCUCCCCACUGUGUGUGUGUGUAUAUAUGUGUGUAUAUAUAUACACAGUAUCUCACAAAAGUGAACACACCCCUCACAUUUUUGUAAAUAUUUGAGUAUAUCUUUUCAUGUGACAACACUGAAGAAAUGACACUUUGCUACAAUGUAAAGUAAUGAGUGUACAGCUUGUAUAACAGUGUAAAGUUGCUGUCCCCUCAAAAUAACUCAACACACAGCCAUUAAUGUCUAAACCUCUGGCAACAAAAGUGAGUACACCCCUAAGUGAAAAUGUCCAAAAUGGGCCCUAUUAGCCAUUUUCCCUCCCCGGUGUCAUGUGACUCGUUAGUGUUACAAGGUCUCAGGUGUGAAUGGGGAGCAGGUGUGUUAAAUUUGGUGUCAUCGCUCUCACACUCCCUCAUACUGGUCACUGGAAGUUCAACAUGGCACCUCAUGGCAAAGAACUCUCUGAGGACCUGAGAAAAAAAAAUUGUUGCUCUACAUAAAGAUGGCCUGGGCUAUAAGAAGAUUGCCAAGACCCUGAAACUGAGCUGCAGCACGGUGGCCAAGACCAUACAGCGGUUUAACAGGACAGGUUCCACUCAGAACAGGCCUCGCCAUGGUCGACCAAAGAAGUUGAGUGCACGUGUUCAGCGUCAUAUCCAGAGGUUGUCUUUGGGAAAUAGACGUAUGAGUGCUGCCAGCAUUGCUGCAGAGGUUGAAGGGGUGGUGGGUCAGCCUGUUAGUGCUCAGACCAUACGCCGCACACUGCAUGAAAUUGGUCUGCAUGGCUGUCGUCCCAGAAGGAAGCCUCUUCUAAAGAUGAUGCAUAAGAAAGCCCGCAAACAGUUUGCUGAAGACAAGCAGACUAAGGACAUGGAUUACUGGAACCAUGUCCUGUGGUCUGAUGAGACCAAGAUAAACUUAUUUGGUUCAGAUGGUGUCAAGCGUGUGUGGCGGCAACCAGGUGAGGAGUACAAAGACAAGUGUGUCUUGCCUACAGUCAAGCAUGGUGGUGGGAGUGUCAUGGUCUGGGGCUGCAUGAGUGCUGCCGGCACUGGGGAGCUACAGUUCAUUGAGGGAACCAUAAACGCCAACAUGUACUGUGACAUACUGAAGCAGAGCAUGAUCCCCUCCCUUCGGAGACUGGGUCGCAGGGCAGUAUUUCAUCAUGAUAACGACCCCAAACACACCUCCAAGACGACCACUGCCUUGCUAAAGAAGCUGAGGGUAAAGGUGAUGGACUGGCCAAGCAUGUCUCCAGACCUAAACCCUAUUGAGCAUCUGUGGGGCAUCCUCAAACGGAAGGUGGAGGAGUGCAAGGUCUCUAACAUCCACCAGCUCCGUUAUGUCGUCAUGGAGGAGUGGAAGAGGACUCCAGUGGCAAACUGUGAAGCUCUGGUGAACUCCAUGCCCAAGAGGGUUAAGGCAGUGCUGGAAAAUUAUGGUGGCCACACAAAAUAUUGACACUUUGGGCCCAAUUUGGACAUUUUCACUUAGGGGUGUACUCACUUUUGUUGCCAGCGGUUUAGACAUUAAUGGCUGUGUUUUGUGUUAUUUUGAGGGGACAAAUUCACAUUGUUAUACAAGCUGUACACUCACUACUUUACAUUGUAGCAAAGUGUCAUUUCUUCAGUGUUGUCACAUGAAAAGAUAUACUAAUAUUUACAAAAAUAUGUAUAUAUUGUAUAAAUAUAUAUAUACAUACAGUGCCUUCGGAAAGUAUUCAGACCCCUUGACUUUUUCCACAUUUUGUUAGGUUACAGCCUUCCUUAUCAAUCUUCACACAAUACCCCAUAAUGACAAAGCAAAAAUAGGUUUUUAGAAAUGUUGCUAGUUUUUAAAAUUAAAAAAAACGGAAAUAUCACAUUUAACAUAAGUAUUCAGUACUUUGUUGAGGCACCUUUGGCAGCGAUUACAGCCCUGAGUCUUCUUGGGUAUGACGCUACAAGCUUGGCACACCUGUAUUUGGGGAGUUUCUCCCAUUCUUCUCUGCAGAUUCUCUCAAGCUCUGUCAGGUUGGAUGGGGAGCGUUGCUGCACAACUAUUUUCAGGUCUCUCCAGAGAUGUUAGAUCGUGUUCAAGUGCAGGCUCUGGCUGGGCCACUCAAGGACAUUCAGAGACUUGUCACGAAGUCACUCCUGCGUUGUCUUGUCUGUGUGCUUAGGGUCGUUGUCUGAGGUCCUGGUGGUGGGGUAUGGGCAGGUAUAAGCUACAGACAACUAACACAAUUGCAUUUUAUCUAUGGCAAUUUGAAUGCACUUAGAUACCGUGACGAGAUCCUGAGGACCAUUGUCGUCGCAUUCAUCCGCCGCCAUCACCUCAUGUUUCAGCAUGGUAAUGCACAGCCCAUAUCGCAAGGAUCUGUACACAAUUCCUGGAGGCUGAAAAUGUCCCAGUUCUUCUAUGGUCUGCAUACUCACCAGACAUGUCACCCAUUGAGCCUGUUUGGGAUGCUCUGGAUUGACGUGCAUGACAGCGUGUUCCAGUUCCCGCCAAUAUCCAGCAACCUUGCACAGCCAUUGAAGAGGAGUGGGACAACAUUCCACAUGCCAAAAUCAACAGCCUGAUCAACUCUAUGCGAAGGAGAUGUGUCGCGCUGCAUGAGGCAAAUGGUGGUCACACCAAGUACUGACUGGUUUUCUGAUCCACGCCCCUACUUUUUUCUGUGACCAAAAUAUGCAUAUCUGUAUUCCCAGUUAUGUGAAAUCCAUAGAUUAGGGCCUAAUGAAUUCAUUUAAAUUGACUGAUUUCCUUAUAUGAACUGUAACUCACUAAAAUCUUUGAAAUUGUUUCAUGUUGCGUUUAUAUUUUUGUUCAGUGUAAAUCACUCAGCUGACCAAAUUGCGCAGUAUUUUAGUUCUGGGUCAACCAAGAUUAUAAAUAGCCGGGUUGUUCAGCUAUAUAUAUACACAAGCCACAGGAGGCUGGUGGGGAGGACGGGCUCGUGGUAAUGACUGGAGCGGAGUCAGUGGAAUGGUAUCAAAUACAUGGUUUCCAUGGUUUCCAUGUGUUUGAUGCCAUUCCAUUCGCUCCGUUUCAGCCAUUAUUAUGAGCCGUCCUCCCCUCAGCAGCCUCCACUGGUACAAGCCUAGGAGGAGAAACCCAGGACCUCAACAAGGUCAUGAUAGGACACAUACAGCUACAACACAGUGGUCCUACUGACGAUUGGUAUGUAGUUAGCUAGCCAUGCAGUUAACUGCAGUGCCCAACCACCUGACAUCAGCUAUGAUGCCAAAUAUGUGAAUGUUGGUUUGUUUUAACUACUAGCUACUAGCACAAUGGUGAUUGCCUAUGAUGGUAAAGCUUUGCAUUUGGCUAUUACCAUGAAGUGUAUAUAAUCUGGCUGGCUGGCUAAAAAUUAAAGUAAUCGACUCACAAUCGAACAGCCAUGUGAUUACAUUCAAACGUGCUCAGUCUGAUGGCCACAGAGCAAGGAAGCAAGUGCUGCAAAAGUUCUGCAGUCUGCAACAACUUCAAGGAGGGGAUGCAGGGGUGUAUCACCGAGCACCCAGGAUUUCUGGCCAACUACCCGAUUCGCUAUGUGUGGUCCUCUGUAGCUAAGUUGGUAGAGAAUGGCUCUUGCAACGCCUGGAUAGUGGCUUUGAUUCCCAGGGCCACCUAUACAUAACAUAAUGUAUGAACGCAUUACUUUAGGUCGCUUUGGAUGAAAGUUUCUGCUAAAUGACAUACAGUAAUAUUAUUAUCAAACCAGUUUUUAUGAGUUGGUGCACUCCGACAAGCCACGAGAUGAGGAAAUAACUAUAAACGAGUAUGCUGUCAACAAUUAGUGAACACAUAUUUAUUUCCCCUAGCUUGAUGCUAUAGUUGCAAUAUAAUGUGCAUUUUGGGACCGACUUCGUUUGGUGCAGGGUAGGGAGAGGAAACCGAAGAGUCAUACCUGUUUGCCUUGUGCUGGCAAUCAGGGGUACCUUUCCAUCAGAAACCGGUGUAUACCAGAGGAGGCUGGUGGGAGGAGCUAUAGGAGGACAGGCUCAUUGUAAUGGUGGAAUGGAGUAAAUGGAACGGUAUCAAACACAUAAAAUAUAUGGAAACCACGUUUGACUGUUCCAUUUAUUCCAUUCCAUCCAUUACAAUGAGCCCGUCCUCCUAUAGCUCCUCCCACCAGCCUCCACUGGUGUAUAUGCAACAUCUGUUGACAGCGAAUAUUGAAUUACAAUAAAUAUGGGAAAGAGCAUGAUCAUGGAAGUUGUAUGACACAAAAAUCUGCUUAGAGUACCAAGCCCGUCUCCAGGAGUGCCAAGCCCGUCUCCAGGAGUGCCAAGCCCGUCUCCAGUUUGACUUUGAAGACUCUCACAGACCAGACAUGAAACUAUAGUGUGUCUAGACUAGAUGGUCAGUCAUUAUUUUGCGUCUCCUGUAAAGUGAUUGGUUGCCCUCUCAUUUCUGGGAUUUUCUACUGGCUAGUGUUUCCCCCCGGCAUCUAAUUAACCAAUCAAUGAUUGGCCCGAGUUUCCCCGGUCUAAACCAGGUGCUCGUUAUAAAGGGAUAGCUGAGAAGCUAUAGAUGUUGUGACCUUCAAGGACUAUUAGGCAGCCCUAAUGUAAAUGCCGAUAUCUCUUUGCGGGAGAUGCUAAAUUGGAUUACACAGCUCAACGUUUCCCCUAGUUGUUUUUCUUUUGGCAGGGUGCAAAAGGCACCAAUGUAAUAUUCUAAGAUGUGAAUGCCAAAACAUUAAAUUGAAAUGAAUUGAGACAACAAAUAUGUAAGCGGGGGCAACAGAAGUAUUUUUAGGGAAAAACUGAUGCCCAGUUCUAUAUGAAUAUAGUUCUAUAUGAAUUAGUACAGUUAAUUCAGAAAGUAUUCAGGUUUCCUCCAGACGUGACGCUUGGCAUUCAGGCCAAAGAGUUCAAUCUUGGUUUCAUCAGACCAGAGAAUCUUGUUUCUCAUCGUCUGAGAGUCCUUUAGGUGCCUUUUGGCAAACUCCAAGCGGGCUGUCAUGUGCCUUUUACUGAGGAGUGGCUUCCGUCUGGCCACUCUACCAUAAAGGCCUGAUUGGUGGAGUGCUGCAGAGAUGGUUGUCCUUCCUUCUUGAAGGUUCUUCCAUCUCCACAGAUGAACUCUGGAGCUUUCAGAGCGACCAUUGGGUUCUUGGUCAACUCCCUGACCAAGGCCCUUCUACCCCGAUUGCUCAGUUUGGCUGGGCGGCCAGCUCUAAGAAGAGUCUUGGUGGUUCCAAACUUCUUCCAUUUAAGAAUGAUGGAGGCUACUGUACUUUGCCUCGAGAGAUGCCAUUGCUCAGCUGCUUGUAUGCUAGCCCAAAACUCUCCCAUGUCUAAAAUAUUGUGUGUGUGCCUGUGUGUGUGUGUGUGUGCGUGUCUGUCCCGUAGGAGGUGUAACUACGUUUGUGGCACUCUACGACUAUGAAUCACGGACUGCCUCGGACCUGACCUUCAAGAAAGGCGAGCGGCUGCAGAUCAUCAACAACACGUAAGGAGAUGUCCACUCCCAUGGUCUUCCUGUUUAGAUACUACAUGUCCACCAUGUACUCUCACCUAGACACACACACUGAAACACACUCAUCCAGACAUAGACAAACCCAAACACUCACAUUGUUCUGUAAACACACACAGUGUGGACACGCAUGCAUGCACACUGUACAAACACACAGUCACAGUGAGUGCUGACUUAUUCAUCAUUCCUCGUUAGCCAGACAGCACUGUCUGUCCCCUUUCUGUCGCCCCAUCUGCUGUGUACAACAUUACUACUAAUGCUUCCAGAUCUUACAAGGACAACCUUGUCAGGUCAAUGUUCAUUAGGCACCAAACUAAAGAAAACAAAACUGAAACAGGGAGGACUUGUCCAAUAAGAAACACACAUUUUUCAAUUUUCUGCUGUUGAAAAAUGUUUUCUGUUGGGUGCCCUAAUGAACGCGACCCUGAUUCUAGCCCUUCUACAGUUGAUUGGGUCUAAUAGUUCAAGUUUGUCCUUUCCAAAAGCAUCACUCUGACGGACUGGGUGUUUUGAUUGCAGCAGGAGAGAAUACGUCAUACCCAGAUACAACAGAGUUGUAUUACGGGAAUACAGUUUAUAACUCAUCAGAAACUAUAGGAAGACAUUUAAAAUUUCAGGUCAGGCCAUGUGGGAGUUUGGUGCAGGAUGGUCUCUACCUGUUUUAUACCUACACACAAACACACACACACACACACACACACACACACACACACACACACACACACACACACACACACACACACACACACACACACACACACACACACACACACACACACACACACACACACUGUGUUUACCCAGCGUUAGUUGCUGCUACUAGUUCAAUGGUCUGAUCUUGUGUGCUCUGCUGUUUCCUGCAUUUCUUUCUGUGUGUAUUUGAUGUUCUCUGCUGUCUGUUAUUUCCCUCUCUCACGCUUCAUGGUUUCUCUUAGGAGAAAGUACAGCUUCAGGUCAGUGAACUAAUCCUUUCUGAUCCCCCUGUCUUAACUUCUCUCCACUUUUCCUCUUUCCAUUCAACACGGUUUUUCCUCAGUGUGCACUGAGGUGAUGUUUGUCAGCUCAACCUACAACAAACCAAACGAUUGUGCUUAUAUAUUGUGUCAUAUUGUUUUCACUUGGUUUCCCUGUUUUUUUUCAAAUGUAUUAUUUAGUCGAGAGGUUGAUCUUUUUUUAUCCUGUGAAUGUCAUGGUAAUUCUGGUUGUCCAAGUCAAUAACCAUCACCACCUCCUCUCCUCUGUCUCGCUGCAGGGAAGGGGACUGGUGGCUGGCUCGGUCUCUGACUACCGGAGAAAACGGUUACAUCCCCAGCAACUAUGUGGCCCCCUCUGACUCCAUCCAAGCAGAAGAGUAACGUCAACUUUUCUUUUUGUUAAUUCCUCCCAAUCUAUCCUAUUUUUGUUGGGUUAUGAAAUGUUGAUUAUUAUGGAGCUAGGGUUGCAAAAUGCUGGUAACUUUCCCAAUAUUCCCAGUUUUUCCAGAAAUGUCAGUUGGAAGAUUCCUGGAAUCAGCAGGAAAUCUGAAUCCAACCAGGAUUUCUAGAAAACCUGGGAAUUUUGCAACCCUAGAAGAAGCAGCAUGGUGUCCAGCUUUAAUAACAUCGGCCAAACUCUCUCUAAGAUAUAUGAUUAUGGACAAACCCAUCUGGAUAGUAAAAUACCCUAUUCUCAGAUGUACUUCAGUGGGUCUCAAUGGGCAAAAGUAGUGUUCCAUAAGGACAUUAAAGGGACAGUUUCCCUCCAAAAUCACAGUUUGUCAAAAGUGGCAUUCUGAUGACAUAAAUCCAUGUCCCAGGCCAUCUGUUUUGUAGAUCCAGCAAUAUGCCACAAUCAAAAAUAUAUUGAAAAGAUAAGCACUGUAUAAAUUCCCCCCAGAAUUCUGUGCUUAUAAAGCUGGAUCGACACAAUGCCACGGGACGUGGACUCAUUGACAUUACGCUUUUUUUAGGUCUGAAUACGUGACCCAACUAUGCUUUUGGAGUGCAACGUCCCUUUGCUCAGUGGCAGGAUCUCACUGUUCUUUCUUACUCACUCUGGCCCACUUUUGCAGGUGGUAUUUUGGGAAAAUAACUCGGCGCGACUCAGAGAGGCUCCUUCUGAGUUUACAGAACCGACGAGGCACCUUCCUGGUCCGAGAGAGUGAGACCACCAAGGGUGAGAAGAACCUCUGAGAGAGCGACAUACAUUUUAGACGUGGAGUGUUUGAUUGUCAAAUUCCUUGUUGAUGUUUCCCCUUUCUAUUGUGAAGUAGUCAUUUUUAACACGGAAUGAACCCACCAAAUGGGUGAAGAGUCACUUUGUUGGGAUGGGGGGGGGGGGGGUUCCCUGAUUAGAGGGGAACAAUACAAAAAUGCAGUGAAACUGGCUUCUAGGUCCAGAGUUGAGUUUGAGGGUUCCAGGCUAUAGAGGUGUAGUGUGUAGUUUAUGCUGUGAACAUACAGUAUGCUGAUGUGUGUAGUGUGUAGUUUAUGCUGUGAACAUACAGUAUGCUGAUGUGUGUAGUGUGUAGUUUAUGCUGUGAACAUACAGUAUGCUGAUGUGUGUAGUGUGUAGUUUAUGCUGUGAACAUACAGUAUGCUGAUGUGUGUAGUGUGGAACACUAGAUGCGUAACUGGCUUGAUUGGAGUAUGACUACUACAGAUGUACUUCCACUGUUAGAAGGAACAGGCUGAGUCCAGGAGAUCCAUCCAAACUUGAAGUUAACUUGUUUUGACCCACACAUCUCUCAUUCCACACACACAGGAGCAUAGAGAUGCUGCAGAUAAUGUAUCUUAAUUAUUUUUUUAUUCUAUUUUUAUUCACAGGAGCCUACUGCCUGUCCGUGUUGGACUACGACAACACCAAAGGUCUCAACGUCAAACACUACAAGAUACGCAAGCUAGACAGCGGUGGCUUCUACAUCACCUCACGCACCCAGUUCAGCAGCCUACAGCAGCUGGUCUACCACUACCACAGUGAGUAACCAGCUGGUCUAUUACUAUCGCAGUGAGUAACCAGCUGGUCUAUUACUAUCGCAGUGAGUAACCAGCUGGUCUAUUACUAUCGCAGUGAGUAACCAGCUGGUCUUCCACUACCACAGUGAGUAACCAGCUGGUCUAUUACUAUCGCAGUGAGUAACCAGCUGGUCUACCACUACCACAGUGAGUAACCAGCUGGUCUACCACUACCGCAGUGAGUAACCAGCUGGUCUACCUCUAUCGCAGUGAGUAACCAGCUGGUCUACCUCUAUCGCAGUGAGUAACCAGCUGGUCUACCUCUAUCGCAGUGAGUAACCAGCUGGUCAACCUCUAUCGCAGUGAGUAACCAGCUGGUCUACCUCUAUCGCAGUGAGUAACCAGCUGGUCUAUUACUAUUGCAGUGAGUAACCAGCUGGUCUACCUCUAUCGCAGUGAGUAACCAGCUGGUCUAUUACUAUCGCAAUGAGUAAACAGCUGGUCUACCACUAUCGCAGUGAGUAACCAGCUGGUCUACCACUAUCGCCGUGAGUAACCAGCUGGUCUAUUACUAUCGCAGUGAGUAACCAGCUGGUCUACCACUAUCGCCGUGAGUAACCAGCUGGUCUAUUACUAUCGCAGUGAGUAACCAGCUGGUCUACCACUAUCGCCGUGAGUAACCAGCUGGUCUAUUACUAUCGCAGUGAGUAACCAGCUGGUCUACCACUAUCGCUGUUAGUAACGCAUUAUGGACGUUAUUAGCACCUUACAUGUUAAUAGCUGCUUACAAGCAUGACUAUUAUACAGCGAGUAACACCAAACUUGAAGUUAAUGUUUUGGUGUUUAUUUGUUAAUGUACUGUAAUAUAUGGUGUAAAGUCAAAGGCAUGGUUUGGGCAAUUCAGUCGUUCUGUUUUCACAACCGUUUCCAACUAGUGUAAAUUGCAUUGGCCAUCUGUCUCCGGACUUGAAACACAUUGAAAACCUGUGGUUAUGAAUUGGAGAGGGCAGUCCUUAAGCACAGAUGGAGGAUAUCAAGGAUCCAGAAGUGGAAUGGUCUAAGAUCCCUCCCAAUGUGUUUCUUUUAGAGAAAGGCUCAGUGCUGUUAUCCUCGCAAAGGUAUUGAAAGGUAUUGUUUACUUGUUAAACAAAAUAUUUUUCUCUGAUCAAUUGUAUUUGUAUAAAAUAAUAUAAUUCCCAAUUUUUUUGCGUACAAUAUAGCUCGGUAUUUGAAUAAUUUAUUUUAUAGUCAUUUCUGCUCAUCUUUAUCAAUCAUUUCAGACCCCACUGU